UAUUUCUUCAAUUGUUAUUAUUAUUAUUAUUAUUCUCUCCGUGUGGUAGCGCUACCAGAGCAGCUGUCCUCGCGCGAGGAUUGCUUCUUUUGGGCGCUGCACAACACACGGUCAACGCCCAUGGUGUGUGGGGCGCGUUGAUGCCUCAACUCCGUCGUGGUUUCAUUGAAAUUCCACGGUUCGGUUUAGUUCCGGAGGUUUGAGCACUACGGCUCUGAGGCGGAGUUUGUAGGGAGCAGUAGUUGGGGCUGUUGUGUUGUGUGGAGCUCUGGAGAGUCUUAGUGCAAAUCUGUAGAGAACAAACACAGGAAGUCUGUAGCCAUGUUUGGGCGUAUGCCUUCGAGGAAGAGUGAUAACUCCAAGUAUUAUGAUGUGCUUGGGGUGCCCAAGAGCGCGUCGCAGGAUGAACUCAAGAAAGCGUAUAGGAAAGCAGCAAUUAAGAAUCAUCCUGACAAGGGCGGAGAUCCAGAGAAGUUUAAGGAACUUGCUCAGGCUUACGAAGUUUUGAGUGAUCCUGAGAAGCGUGAUAUAUAUGAUCAAUAUGGUGAAGAUGCACUUAAAGAAGGAAUGGGUGGAGGAGGAGGUGGUGGACACAAUCCCUUCGACAUCUUUGAGUCGUUCUUCGGCGGUGGCAGCAGCCCGUUUGGAGGCGGCAGUAGCAGGGGCAGCAGACGUCAGAAGAGAGGAGAAGAUGUCGUGCAUCCCUUGAAGGUCCCGCUGGAUGAUCUCUACAACGGCACAUCGAAGAAGCUCUUUUUGUCUAGAAAUGUCCUAUGUCAAAAGUGCAAAGGGAAAGGGUCCAAGACGGGUGCAUCCAGUCGGUGUGCAGGGUGUCAAGGUUCAGGGAUGAAGAUCUCAAUCCGUCAGCUGGGUCCAAACAUGAUUCAGCAGAUGCAGCACGUUUGCUCCGACUGCAGAGGCUCAGGUGAGACAAUCAACGAGAAGGACAAGUGUGGGCAGUGCAAGGGUCAGAAGGUGGUGCAGGACAAGAAAAUGUUGGAGGUGCACGUUGAGAAGGGCAUGGUACAUGGGCAGAAGAUCACUUUUCAAGGCGAGGCUGACGAGGCGCCUGACACAGUGACUGGAGACAUAGUGUUCGUGUUGCAAUUGAAGGAUCAUCCAAAGUUCAAGAGAAAAGGGGAUGAUUUGUUCGUGGAGCACUCUUUGAAUUUGACGGAGGCUUUGUGCGGUUUCCAAUUUCCUUUGACCCACUUGGAUGGAAGGCAGCUCCUAAUUAAGUCCAAUCCUGGAGAGAUUGUUAAACCAGGUCAAUUUAAGGCUAUCAAUGAUGAGGGUAUGCCACACUAUCAGAGGCCUUUCAUGAAGGGUAGGCUAUAUUUGCACUUUAGUGUCGAAUUUCCCGAAUCUGGUGCAUUGACGCCGGAGCAGUUGAAAGCCUUAGAAGUUAUUCUACCUCCUAGACCAACUAGUCAAAUGACAGACAUGGAGCUCGACGAGUGUGAGGAAACUACACUAAUCGACGUGAACAUUGAGGACGAGAUGAGAAGGAAGCAGCAACAACAGCAGGAGGCGUACGAUGAGGAUGAGGAGUCCUCUGGGCCACGCAUUCAGUGUGCUCAACAGUAGGUUUGACUGAAGCAUUCUGCUCCGGGUUGGGUCUUGUUUUCUCUUAAGUGAAACUGGAUUAGAAGGGUAGGAGCGGUUCACUACAUUUUGUUUUUAUCAUUCUUAGGGGUACUAUGGAGCACUUGUGGGUGGAAUUUACCUGAUUGGGAUCAUGAGUUACCUAUUCUUCUGAAGAUAGCACCAAUUCAAUUCAACAUUGUAGUUGGUAGAGUCGUCAUCAUCAGUUGGCCAGUUCUGAAGGGCUCUUUUAUCUGCCUAAAUUGACCAUGAUGGAAGCAGAGAAAGUUUUAUUACUAGUUUCUGUUGGAGGAGGUUGUAAUGAUGACUUUUGAAGUCGAAUAUUUAGGGGCACAAUCACCUUUUCACCAACAACCUGUUAUAUCAUGAAUAUGCGAAUGUUAUUAAAUAGAUCCAUGGACAGAACCGGGUCCUUUGUUUUGCGGGAGGCGCCUUAUGCGACUGCCUCAUUGCAUUUACAGAAGAGGGAGGCAAGAAGAGGCUGCAGCUUCUUAAUUGGAAUCCGCCAAGAAGUAGAUGGAAUAAUUACUGUAGUAAUAUCGUUGAUUUAAUUGAGAAUUUUCGAGAUUUUCCUUGAAGGGAAGCAUUAUGAAUCAUGUUUCCAAGGGUUUAGUUUUGUUCUUUGGUGGUCAGACUCUGUUUUGGACAUUGAUAGACCCAGUAACCUUAGCACUGGGAGACAGAGCAAUAUACGAUGCCCUGUGACAGUCCCUGCAAAGAGGUGGCAAAUUCACUGUUUUGUGUUAACUUUGCAAAGUACUGGCAGCUCCACCACUCUUCAUCGGAGCUGGUACACAAACCAA